AUGAACUCAGAGCCCGAGACGCCAAAGAAACUGUCGAAUGGGGCGCCGGGGAAGCCCAGCCGCAAAGGGGGGAGAAGCACCGGCCGCCUGCGCGACAGAAGGCGGCCAGAGGCGCACAGAGCGAAGCAGCCGAUGACAAAAGCGCAGACGGAGGAGACAGCGAGCGCGCGGACAGCAGGACGAGAAGGAGACAGUGUCGCAGCAAAAGAGGACAGACGAACAGAGCUGGAAAGCUCGAAGGUGACGGAAUCGAAAGAAGUGGAAAGAGAGGCCGAGGGAGGAAGAGAGAGAGAGGGCGGAGCUCGAAUUAAUUCUCAAACGUCCUCGAGAGCGACACGGCAAGGGAAGCAGCGGGAGGAAGGUACGAAGAGAGGUGCGCGCAGUCGACAAACGAAUGGGGGAUCGACUGUGUCUCUGGGGCUUUAUUUUGCGGCGGCAGGCCUGACGCCGGAGAAGCCGUCGGGCAAGAAGUCGCGGAACCCGAGGAGACGCGGGCUGCAUGACAACCCCUCUAUCUCUGUGUCACGGGCCCCGCGCAGUCUCUCGCCUUCUGCCUUUCCAACUCUUCGGCCUGUGGACGAAGCCGAUGCUUCUCGAGAGGACUCAGCCGUCUGCCUGCACGCGCCGUCGGGGACAGAAACGGAGAGACGCGUGCGAGGAGGCGACGUCGACAGGCAUGAAGGAAACGCCUCAGAACAGCCGGCGGACGCCGCACGAGACAAUGGUGCAGCAGGAAGAGGUGCCGAAGAGGCAGCUGGUGAAACAGGUGGCGCGUCCUCGCGAGGGAAGGGAACAGGCGCGGGGGGACGCGAGGCGGGCGGAGUUGGAGCGAGGGAAGGGAGACAUCGCCUUGCGAGAAAGCGCGCGUGGAACGCAGACGCGCCACGGGGAGGCGGUGGACCCAGACCCGCUCAAACCCGGCUUGGGUCCGGGUUUUCUGGAAACCAGUCCGGCGGUUCGCAAGAACUGGAGAAGGGCUGGAACGGGAAUUCGCGAACGCGGGCGCAGGGGCGGCGCCCUAGCCGUGGGUGCCCCGAGUGUCCAUACACCCAAGAGACCCGCGAGGAGGCGUUUCGGCGCGACUUGCGCCUCAUCCGACACCAAUUUUACUCCGCGGCGAGGCGGGAGCAAGCGAAGGCGUGUUCCGUUUCGCAUGCGAGCGAGGCAGAGGGUGCCUCGACUUUCCGAGAAGAGAAAGAGCAGGGAACGCGCCUGGCGCCGGCCCUGGAUCCGCGGCGGCUGAAGUAUCGCGGGCGGCGCAUCCAAGGUGCGGAGCGGCGGUCUGAGGUGAAGGCAAAGAUGCUGGUUGAGCGGCAACUGAGGCAGGAGCUGUUCGGCGACCCGGGGAGUCGAACGCCCGUUGUCGACCGUGACGCAGCUCUGCGGAGAGAGACGGAGAACGACGAUGGCAAAGUCGAGGGCGGCGAAGCCGAGGGCGAAGCUGGAACCGAAGGAAACGAACUUCGGGAGAGAGAACGAACGAACGAGGCAGCACGGCGCGGAGUCCCUGGGGCGGCAGAGGCGGCCAUGCAGGCAAAGCCACGAGGCGAAGAAGCUGAGACAGAGGACGGAGACGAAGGCGAGCGGUUGCAAGGCAACGCGGCGGGAAGCGAAGGGAGGCGAGGAUCACGAGCAUCGAAGAGUGACGCAGAAAAAGACUGCGAAGCGGGAGCCGAGAGGCAGCCGGAGAGAGGAGAGACCGCCAGCCCACCUGAAGCCACCGCACGCACGGAGAGGGACUCGGGAGGCAAGAGAGAGGACGGCGAGAACAGAGGGCCUCGAGGAAGAAACGAGGACGCAGAAAGGCUUCGCGAGCAGUUGAGGCUGAGUGAAGAUGUCCGACGGUACGAACUGUGCAAGCAAUUGACGUCACUGAAGAAGCGCGCGAGUGCGCGUCUCCUCUCUUCCGUCUCUCCCGCCUGCUGGCCUCUUCCUGCUUCCUCUUCUCCGCCGUCGCCUGACGGCUACCACUCGCCUGCUUUGGGAUCCGCCUUCGGCACACGCGAAGAAUGCGACAACCGGAAAGCCCCAGCGGCAGCGCAGGGACCGGAAACGCGCUCACACCCGCCUGCCGCGGGGCCGAGAUUCGUUGCGCACUACGUCGACAUGGUGACAGGCGAGGACGACUGGGAGUCAGCGUUAAGCGAAUUUCUCGUCAGCCUUCAUCGUCUCCAAGUCCGUUUGUUAACAAAGGCCCCGCAGAAACAGGCAACUCAGCGUCGCUUCGUUCUGGGGCUGAAGGCUGCACUCGUCGCCCUGAGGGCCAAGAAGGGGACAGCGAGAGACGAAGACCCGGACGAAGAUCCAGCCGAGAGGAAAAAGCCGAAGCUGAUCAUCCUGGCGGCCAACUGCGAGCCGACAGUCUCAGCAGGCAAGCGAGAACCCGCGAACGACCUCUUUGAGAAACCAGAGAGCGAAAACAACGUUACGUCUGAAUGUUUGUGUUAA